GGCGGAGGGAGUCGCUGGUGACAAACAGGUGAAUCACAAGAACACCGUGUGCGACGAAUUGUGCCAAAGGAUAUCCUCCUAAUCGAUCGCCUCUUUUGGGACAUUUCUACGGUAGAAUCGGACUGUUCUGGACUUUUCCCUUGCAUGGUAAUCUGUAAAAUAUAAAACGAUCAGGAUCCGAAUCAGUUUCCAGAGUCUUCCGUCGAACUUCCAGGUUUCGGAGCCGACAUGAAUCAUCUCUUUCUGUGCGGUUAAAGACACCAAGUGAAGACUGAGCUUUUUUGGAUUAACGGAUGGUCAGGGGCAGGUCAUGCUGAUGGACCAGGACACUCAGUGGCUGUACCAGCUCCUGGCUGAGGUCCAGUUGGAGAAGUUCUACCACCGUGUCCGAGACGGCCUCAACAUUACGCGACUGGAGCACUUCAACUAUGUCAAGGAGUCUGAUCUCGAGCAGAUUGGAAUCAGCAAGCCAGCACAAAGAAGAUUGUGGGAGGCCCUAAAGAGAUACAAGACAGUGUCGCGCUCUAGACAAUGGCCGACAAAGGUGUUCAGUAAUCGAGUUCCAGAGGGAGGGGAACAGUUUGCCACAGGUGGCCCAGUUCAGUCGGCGGAGAGCGCCGGGCGGACUCCGCCCCGUCUGAUCCAGGACAGCGAGCUGUUUCUGGGAGAGAAGUUGGGCUCUGGGUCCUUUGGAGUGGUGAAGAGGGGCGAAUGGCGCACCCCCGCAGGCCGCGUGCUACCAGUGGCAGUGAAAUCACUGAAGAGCAGUAUGUCCAGACAGAGUGACACCCUGACAGACUUCCUGCAGGAGGUCACCACCAUGCAGUCAUUGGACCACCCCAACAUCAUCCGACUCUACGGCGUUGUCCUCACACUUCCUCUGAAGAUGGUAACAGAGUUGGCCCCUCUGGGCUCAUUAUACGACACCCUGCGUGCCCGUCAGUUCGAAUACCCCCUGCUGCGUCUCUGGCUUUUUGCCACCCAGAUUGUGGCAGGAAUGGACUAUCUGGAGACCCGGAGAUUUAUCCACAGGGAUCUGGCUGCUAGGAACGUGCUGCUGUCUUCCAAGGACGUGGUGAAGAUUGGAGACUUUGGUCUGAUGAGAGGCUUAAGUCAAGAUAGAGACCAUUAUGUCAUGGGACCACACAGAAGGAUCCCCUAUGCAUGGUGUGCCCCAGAAAGUCUCCGUAUCGGCUCUUUCUCCCAUGCCUCUGACGUCUGGAUGUUUGGUGUCACCAUGUGGGAGAUGUUCACCUACUGUGAGGAGCCUUGGUUUGGGCUGUCAGGGAGACAGAUUUUGUGGCGUGUCGAACAAGAUGGAGAGCGACUGGAGAAACCUGCAGAUUGUCCUCAGGAGCUCUAUAUUGUCAUGAGGAAGUGCUGGGCCGUCAACCCUGGUGACAGACCCAACUUUGCAACACUCACAACAAUGCUGGCAGAGACUAAGCCAGCACAGGUCCAAGCAACAAGAGAAUUUGCAGAACCCAGAAAACUCCCUCUUGCUCCAAACGACAUUGUGACUGUCAUCGACCACGGGCUGGAAAUGAACGAAUGGCGUGGGCAGAACCAGAGGACGCUGGUCGUCGGCUGGUUUCCUGCCACUCUCACUGUGCCCGCAACCACUUCCAGCAGCUCGGGGCCCAAUCCACCUCCAGGUAUUCCCAUCAUCUCCCCCCCAGUAAAGGGAAGCCUGCAACACACGGGGCAUGGAGACGUCCAUCCUGACCGCAGUUGGGGAACUCCAGAGAGGCUGGAAGACAACGGCAACUGGAGGUCGGGACCUGGCAGGGAGCGCGAGGGAACCAACCUUCAGAAAAUGGCAGGAAUGUCUCAGAGCCUGGAGUCAGUCCUAAGUGGACCGCGCCCUCGUGCUCACACAGUAGGGGCUGUAAAAGUGGAUCAACAUGGCAAACUCAUGCCUCCCGCCAUGAUCGCUCGGAGCAUGAUGGCACAGCAGGACAUUCGGCGCUUUAGUGAGGCCAGCCUCGCCCCUCCUCCUCGGCCGCCACCCCCCAACCUGAAACGCUUGAACAUGAAGAAUCAGAGGAAGCCCAUAGUUCAGCCCCCCAUUGGCACCCCAUGGCCUCAGCAAAUGGCCAUGUCCCCCCCAGCACAAGCAACUCCACCCAGUGUAUCAGGGUCCAACCUGGUCAAAAUGGCCCAGAUGACACGUUCAACCCCACAGCUGGAUGAGGACCAAAGGGGGGGAGGAAAAGACAGAGAGAAAUCUCAUUAUGCACAAAACUCAAAGGAGAACCUCGUUGCUCAAGUGAUGGAGGCUGUACACGGCGUGACCACUGAAGAAGUGCAAAAUGCACUUCAACGUAAUGACUGGAAGCCAGCACGGGCUGAACAACAACUCAAGCUGGACCAACUCUAUGCGCUCAGACUCUGCUCUAUAGAGGACUGUAUCAAGAUCCUAACCAAAUACCAGUGGAACCUGCAGAUGGCCAGCAGAUACCUCAUACGGGUGUCCCGGGAAGAAAGGCUUGGCCCCAGCGAGAGGGAUCGACCUCAGAUUAGCGCAGAGAGACGAGUCUGAGGACAUUUCUAGCUGCUUGACUUGCUGAUGCCUGAAAUUUUGGGAAACACCUUGCAUGAUUAACCUACUUUAGGACAUGUUGCUGCCUGAAAUGGCUGCUUUAAUGUUGGCACUGAACUGAGCAUAUUAAAGGAACAUGAAGGCUUAAAAAUAGGAUGCACAAGAGACUAAAAGCCCCCAACCACUGUUUUUAUAUUUUCACUUUGCCAUUAUUCACCAAUUUUUUAUUAAUGUAUGUAUGUAUGUGUGUAAAUAUUUCCUUAGUCAUGCAUUUGAUGAAUAAAUGUCGAGAUAAAAACCA